AUGUUUUCUGAAAGCAAAAAGCACCACUCAACGGUCACCCACCUGGUCGGAGUUGACGACUCUGCUGCGGAUUACCGAUUGGCUGCACUGAAACGCCCUUCAACUUCGCGCAUUCGCGUCCCAGGCGCAAACAUGGUGGGCAAGAAGGAAGCUCCCAAACCCAAGCCAAAAGCUGCCCCGCGCGGGGCGGCGAAGGCGAAAGCUGCGCCGGCUGAGGUGCCCAAGGUGGACAGCGACGACGUCUUGGAAACAGGUGCCGUAGACGCAACUCCUCAGGUCUCAGCAGGCGAAGGAAAAGACGAUUUCAAGCCAGAGGCUUCGACAUCAGCGGAAUCAUCACGGAAACGACGGGCGCCGCUUACCCACGCCAAAGACGACUUUGCCGCCCUCCUCGAGCCAUUCUAUUACGGAAAGAGCCUGACCGAGCCGAUCAAUACGGCGCGCGACAAGUGGAACCUUCUCCCAGCCUUCCUCAAGACCAAGGGUCUGGUGAAGCAGCACGUCGACUCAUACAACCACUUUGUGGACGUGGAGCUCAAGAAGAUUAUCAAAGCCAACAGAUUCGUGCGCAGUGACUUUGACCCAAAAUUCCUCCUCGAGUAUGUCGACAUCCGCAUUCUAUCGCCCAAUCGACAAGAAGAAGAUGAUCUCGAUCACCACCGUAGUACCAUCACGCCGAACGAGUGUCGGUUACGCGACAUGACAUAUGCAGCACCCAUUGUAGUCGACAUCAUCUACACAAGGGGCAAUGCCAAGGUCAAACGCACGGGGAUCCGGAUCGGAAGGAUGCCAAUAAUGUUGAAGAGCAGCAAGUGCGUGCUUGCGGGCAAGAGCGAUCGCGAAAUGGCCGUCAUGGAAGAGUGUCCGUUGGAUCCUGGAGGCUACUUCAUCACAAGAGGGCAAGAGAAAGUCAUUCUGGUCCAGGAGCAGCUGAACAAGAAUCGGGUCAUUGUAGAAAGUGCAAAGGGAAUUAUGCAAGCCAGUGUCACGAGCUCGACCCACGAACGAAGAACCAAGACGUAUGUGAUACAGAAAAAAGGACUCAUGUUCCUCCGGCACAAUACUCUUUCCGAAGAAGUACCGAUUGUUUUUGCGCUGAAGGCCCUGGGAGUGCACUCAGACAAGGAAAUCCUUCUCAUGGUGGCUGGCGAUGACAGUGCAUACCAAGACAAUUUUGCCAUCAAUUUCGAGGCCUGCGCAAGAGAAAAGAUACAUACUCAGGAGAAGGCACUAGAAUACAUCGGGCACCGCGUGCGACUGGUCAAGAAACCUCUGGGCGCUUCACGCAUGCGCAACUACCAUCUGGAGGCAAUUGAAUGUCUCUCCAACGUUGUUCUUCCCCACGUUCCUGUGGAAGGCACGAACUACCGGCCCAAAGCUCUGUACAUCGCACUCAUGGCGCGCAGGGUACUCAUGGCUAUGCAAGAUCCUAAGCUUGUUGAUGAUCGUGAUUAUGUCGGUAACAAGCGCCUAGAGUUAUCUGGUCAGAUGUUGUCGCUGCUGUUCGAAGAUCACUUCAAGCGGUUCAAUCAUGACUUCAAGUUGAGCAUUGACAAAGUACUGAAGAAGCAGAACCGGGCGCAAGAGUUUGACGCAUUUACCCACUUCAGUGUUCACAAGAGUCAGAUUACCAUGGGCAUCGAACGGGCGAUUGCUACGGGUAAUUGGAGCUUGAAGCGAUUCAAGAUGGACAGGGCUGGAGUUACGCAUGUUCUGAGUCGACUCAGUUACAUUGCUGCACUGGGCAUGAUGACCAGAAUAAGUUCGCAAUUCGAGAAGACGCGAAAAGUAUCGGGUCCCCGUGCGCUGCAGCCAUCUCAAUUUGGUAUGCUCUGUACCUCUGAUACGCCCGAAGGCGAAGCCUGUGGUCUAGUCAAGAAUUUGGCUCUGAUGACGCACAUCACUACUGAAGACGACGAAGAGCCGGUUCGCAAGAUCAUUUUCUUGCUGGGUGCGGAAGACAUUUGCUCACAAACUGGAGAGGAGAUACACUCAGAGGGUAUAUACAGCGUUUGCCUCAACGGUACGCCCAUCGCUGUCACAGAUACACCAAAACGAUUCCUCAAUAGUUUCCGGAAGCUUCGAAGGAUGGGACGCAUCUCGGAGUUUACCAGCAUCCAUAUCAAUCACGACUUCUGCGAAGUACAUGUUGCUACGGACGAAGGCCGCAUUUGUCGGCCGAUGAUUGUAGUGGAGAAUCAGCACUCGAAGGUGACUUCCCGUUACCUGAAGGCUUUACGAAAGGGUACCAUGGAAUUCGAAGAUUUCCUGACCAGAGGUCUUGUUGAGUACCUCGACACCAACGAAGAGAACGACACAAACAUCGCCCUCAAGGAGGAAGACAUUAACCAACAUACUACACAUCUCGAGAUAGAACCAUUCACUAUUCUCGGCGCUGUAGCUGGCCUCAUUCCAUACCCUCAUCACAACCAAUCCCCACGUAACACCUACCAAUGCGCCAUGGGUAAGCAAGCCAUUGGUGCCAUUGCCUAUAAUCAGUUCAAUCGGAUCGACACACUGCUCUACCUCAUGGUCUACCCACAACAACCAAUGGUCAAGACACGCACCAUCGAACUGACAAAGUACGACAAGCUCCCCGCCGGUCAAAAUGCGACAGUUGCCGUGAUGUCAUACUCCGGCUAUGAUAUCGAAGAUGCUCUCAUCCUCAACAAAGCCUCGUGUGAUCGGGGCUUCGGCCGCUGUCAAGUCCUCAAAAAGCACGUCACCCCUUUAAAAACCUACGCUAAUGGUACUUCCGAUCGUAUCAACGCCGGAGCCCUCAACAGCGAAAACCCAUCCCAUCAAGCCAUUGGUCUGGACGGCAUCGCCCAAGUCGGUGCCCGUAUCGAAGCAGGCGACGCCUUCCUCCUGAAAUCGAUCCCACAGGACACGGCAGGCCCCGCAUCAAACAUCUACAAAGACAAGCCGGAAAAGUACAAAAUGCCCGACUGCAGCUAUGUGGACAAAGCCUGUAUCACGGAAAACGAGGCAGGAACAACGCUGAUCAAGCUUCUGAUGCGCCAAACCCGCCGUCCAGAACUGGGAGACAAAUUCUCGUCUCGGCACGGACAAAAAGGAACGACUGGACUAAUUGUCCAACAAGAAGACAUGCCCUUCAACGAUCAGGGCAUCAACCCCGACAUCAUCAUGAACCCGCAUGGAUUCCCGUCGCGCAUGACGGUAGGCAAGAUGAUGGAACUCCUCUCUGGCAAGGCCGGCGUGCUACGCGGAACACUCGAAUACGGCACCGCGUUUGGGGGUUCCCGCGUCGAGGACAUGUCGCAAGUGCUGGUGGAAAACGGCUUCUCGUACACGGGCAAGGACUACCUGACGAGCGGCAUCACGGGCGAGGCGCACCAGUUCUACACCUUCUUUGGCCCGAUUUACUACCAGAAGUUGAAGCACAUGGUGCAGGACAAAAUGCACAGUCGCGCGCGCGGACCGCGGGCGAUUUUGACCCGGCAGCCGACCGAAGGGCGGGCAAGGGACGGUGGAUUGAGACUGGGCGAGAUGGAGAGAGACUGCUUGAUUGCAUAUGGGGCUAGUCAACUCCUUCUCGAGCGGUUGAUGAUUAGUUCGGAUGCGCACGAUGUGGAUGUUUGUGAAAAGUGUGGGCAAAUGGGAUACAGCGGCUACUGCAAACUUUGCGAGAGCGAAAAGGCGAUUCGCAGGAUUACGAUGCCUUAUGCGGCCAAGCUGCUAAUCCAAGAGUUGGGCAGUAUGAAUGUCAAGGUUACGAUUGGGCUAGAGGAUGAGUUUCCUAGGGAGGAAUAA